AUGGACCAUACCAUACCACCACCAGAUGAAGAGGAAUUAGUUCUUUCCAAAUUAGUGUUCGGAGACAAUAGUGACUUUUAUAAUGAAUUGCAGAAUAUCAAUCUGGAGCUAAGUAGCGAAGAAGACGCUACUGAGUACGUACAGAAUAGUGACUCCGAAGAUUCAGAGAGCGACAAUGAAAUUGGAAAGGUUAUGGAUGACCAGCUCUUUUUCGUUGAUGAUGGUGAACUAAAUGUGGAUGAUGAAGAUGCGAUGGACAUUGACGAUGAGAACGAACAAGCAAGUGGGUCUGACUACAGCAACGAGUCUGAGGAAAAUGAAUCUGAUGCAUGGGUUGAUUCUGACGACGACAGACUACAGAUAACUGUAACAGAAAAUAACAGAUCAAAAAAGCUAAGGAAGUCCCACGUAGAAUCUCAAAUUAAUGGACGAGAGUACUUGCAAAGGUUGAGAUCACAAUUUGAAAAGAUAUAUCCGAAGCCAAAUUGGAUAGAAGACGAGGAUGAUAGCGAACUUGACAAUGACAGUGAAAAUGAAAGUGGUGAUUAUGACAACGUUAUAGAUGGGGACAUCAAUGCUCUAACCAAGAUCCUAGAACGUACCUACAAUUAUACUACAGCAAACUCGAAACUUCUCCCCCCACAAACUCUCGAUAUAACUAGGCUGAAGGAUGCAAAUGCUUCACAUCCAUCUCAUUCAGCCAUUCAAUCUUUAUCCUUCCAUUCCACCAAACCAAUCCUGUUGACUGGUGGCUACGACAGAACGUUAAGAAUAUAUCAUAUCGAUGGUAAAGCUAAUCAUUUGAUAACUUCAGUACAUAUCAAGGGCACCCCAGUCCAGACCUGUUCUUUCUACUCAUCGCAAGAUGGUAAGGAACAAAAAGUGUAUACAGGUGGUAGAAGACGUUAUAUGCAUGCAUGGGAUUUAUCAAAUAAUAACACCUCAGUAGCCAAAAUUGAUAAGAUUUCAAGAUUAUAUGGCCACCAGGAUACCCAAAGAUCGUUUGAAAAGUUCAAACUAGCCCACUUCCAGGACGCCAACGGAGCCCGCCAUGGAUUGAUUUGCUUACAAGGUAAUAAUGGUUGGGUUAAUAUCCUCCAUUCCUCCACAGGUGUAUGGCUACAAGGCUGUAAGAUCGAGGGUGCCAUCUCCGACUUCUGUAUUGAUUAUAAACCUCAACAGAACGGGCACUUCCAUACUAUUCUUAUUGCUACAAAUACAUACGGCGAAGUGUGGGAAUUUAAUUUGAAUGAAAAUGGCAAUACAGUCCGUAAAUGGAAGGACGAUGGUGGAGUUGGAAUCACUAAAAUUCAAGUUGGCGGCGGUUCAACAAUUUCCUCACCAAAGAAACGCAUCAUUCCAAAUAGAUGGAUUGCAAUCGGUUCAGACUCUGGCUUCGUGAAUGUAUAUGAUAGACAAAGCGAUUCGCAAAGACCGGUGUUCACAUUAGACCAAUUGACCACAUCCAUAUCCUCAUUAGAAUUUUCACCUGAUGGUCAAAUGUUAUGCAUAGCGAGUAGAGCUACAAAGGACGCCUUGAGGUUAGUACAUCUGGCGACAGGAACUGUUUUCUCAAAUUGGCCAACUAGCGGUACGCCCUUAGGUAAAGUUACAAGCGUAGCAUUUAGUCCGCAAGGGGAAAUGCUUGCAGUAGGAAAUGAACAGGGCAAAGUCAGAUUGUGGAGGUUAAAUCACUAUUGA